GUAACCAUGGAUACAUUCUCCCAGGUUUGUUAGAGUCUCAGCUCUCUCACAUUGAGGCCUUUCUCCCCCACACCAUUACGAUCACUUUCAAACAAUUCCCUCCCCUCCUGAUAUCGUCAUUUUGUCCUCCACCUCCAGCUCCUACCCAGUGGCCUUUCUGUGAACCUCUGACAAACCACACUUGAGUCUUUUCUCUUAAACUCCAAAAACUCCCUUUUUCUUUUACUGUCUUUUGCUUCCGAUCAUUCCAUUUUCUCUCUUUUCUUCUCUGCUUCCCCAGAUACCUUUGAUCUGCAGGUGACAGCAGGCUGUGAAGUGCACUCUGGGAAGGGCUUCCUAGGCUUCAUGCAGGUAGCUAUUCAAGGAUAUUAUUUCAUAAGCUUCCAGAAUGAAACAUGUUUAUCCUCUCCCAUGAAUGGAAGAAAGGCCCAGGAAGCCUGCAAUCUACUCAAUUUGAAUGAAGCCUUCACACACAGGUUACAUAGGCUCCUCAGUAACACCUGCCCGCGUUUCACCUUGGGUCUUCUAGAUGCAGGGAAGGCUCAUCUCCAGCGACAAGUGAAGCCUGAGGCCUGGCUGUCCAGUGGCCCCAGUCCUGGGCCUGGCCGUCUGCUGCUGGUAUGCCAUGUGUCUGGCUUCUACCCAAAGCCCGUGUGGGUGAUGUGGAUGCAAGGGGAACAGGAGCAGCAGGGCACUCAGAGAGGUGACAUCCUGCCCAAUGCUGAUGGCACGUGGUAUCUCCAAGCAACCCUGGAUGUGGCAGCUGGGGAGGCGGCUGGCCUGGCCUGCAGGGUGAAGCACAGCAGCCUAGGAGGGCAGGACCUCGUCCUCUACUGGGGUGCACCUCCUAGUGCCCUGGGCUGGAUCCUCUUGGCUAUGAUAGUGGCCCUGGCUCUUCUGACAGGUCUUGGAUUUUGGUUUAGGAAACACUGGUGAGUUCUUUGUAUCCAUCUUUCCUGUUUGUCCCUCCUCCCAAUAGUCUUCUCUUCUUUUUAAUCUUUUUUUUUUCACUUUUUCUUCUCCUCUCAGCCCCAUUUCUAUUUUCUCCUCCAUUCUCACCUCCACUUUAUGAAGGUCUGUUAUUUUUUGUUCACUUAGGACUCACUGUGAAGCUCCCAGCAUUUCUGGCCCUCUGAAGUGAGGACCCAGCUAUGCAGGUGCCCAGUCUACACCUGAACUCCACAGGGUGAUGACAUCACUUCAACUCUCCUUGUUAAAACUUUCCAUUCAUUUCUGCUCCAUGAUCAUUUACCAAUAUAUGCUCAAUGUAAUCUUGCAGGAUUUAUUGUUCUGACCUGGCUUCUGUGGCUUCAACUCUGAAUGGAACAGGAUGUCAGUAGUGUCAGCCUGGUUAGAUAAAAUGGAUCAUCAGAUGCAUUUCAGAUGUCACAUCCUCCAAGGAUCCUUUCUUGAUCCACAGUGGGAAGCCAUCUCUCCUCCAGUUGUGCUUCCCCAGAUUUCAACUGUACCCCUCACUGCCUAGCAUCCAUGGUAGGUGUGUAGGUUCAUUUAUUUUAAGUUUUUAAAAGUUUGAGAGCAAAGUACUUAUUUUUUGAGUAUCUGUAUCCCUGGUGAA